GUGAAUCACUUUUUAUAUAGCAAAAGAGGCAUCGUGUCAAUGUUCAUGUGAGAUCGAACGUUUUCUGGGUUCCUGCAGAAGAUUUACAUCUUUGAGUAUCGUAUUUAGAGGCACUGCGAAGAAGAAAGACCCAAAUUUGAUAUUUGGAGUUGUAUCGAUGGCUUCGUUACUGGCUCGUAGGUCGUUCAAUGCUCUCCGAGCUCGACAUCUCGCUAUUUCAGGGCAAGCUUUACAGGGAUCUCAUCUCUGUAGGCUACAGUCUCGUGCUAUAUCUUAUGGAAGCAACAAAGAUGAUCAAGAAGCUGAGCAGCUUGCUAAAGAGAUCUCCAAGGACUGGAGUACUGUCUUUGAACGGAGCAUAAACACCUUAUUUCUCACUGAAAUGGUCAGGGGUUUGUCGCUGACCCUCAAGUACUUCUUUGAUCCAAAAGUUACAAUCAAUUACCCUUUUGAGAAGGGUCCAUUGAGCCCUCGCUUCCGCGGUGAGCACGCUCUUCGCAGGUAUCCAACUGGGGAAGAACGCUGCAUUGCCUGCAAACUAUGUGAAGCUGUAUGUCCAGCUCAAGCAAUCACAAUAGAGGCAGAGGAGCGGGAAGAUGGGAGCCGCAGAACCACUAGGUAUGAUAUCGACAUGACAAAGUGCAUAUACUGUGGUUUCUGCCAAGAAGCUUGCCCUGUUGAUGCAAUUGUUGAAGGACCAAACUUUGAGUUUGCAACUGAGACACAUGAGGAACUUCUGUAUGACAAAGAGAAACUUCUUGAGAAUGGAGAUAGGUGGGAGACAGAGAUUGCAGAGAAUCUGAGGUCGGAGAGCCUCUACCGCUGAAGAUAUAAUCCGAAUGGCAUUUGCCUAGUUCUUCAGAAAAACUUUUUCGGUUGCUUCUGUUUACACAAAUAAAUAAUGCUUCAGAUUUUGCACUGUUAUCUGUAUUGCUUGUAAGUUCAUUACCGAUGGUAAAACCGAAUUUGGUUUAGUUUCCGGUUUGAGCUGGACCGUACAUUAUGGUUUAUACAAUACCAAGAACUUGGGAAAUGAAGUACUGAAUGAUUCAGUGGUAUUGUUUGUUA